ACUGAUAGGGCGUUUUCCCCCUUAGGUGGCGAGUUUUCAUCUUCUCCGCGUUUUUCUCACACGUGUGUGUGUGUGUCUCCCGCUCACGUUGACCAAAUCCCACCUGAAUACGUGAAACCUCGCGAGAUCUGAGAGGAGAAGGCCGGCAGCGCCCGUAGCCCCGCCCAUCCCCGCCUGAGCAGACUAGGGGACGCCGGGAGAGAGGUGAUGUCACAUGGACGCUCCUCACGUGACCGGUGGUCGGAGUCCAGCAUGGCGGCGCCCAUAGGUUCUUCUCUCCACGCUUUGCCGGCGCUGCUGGCCUGGCUCCUGGUGGCGACCCUGAGUCUUGGUCUGAGUACCGGGGAGUCCCUGAACGAUGACCUCCUGCUUCCCUACCCCCGGACUCGGACGCGCCUCCCUCGGGACUGCCGGCCAGUCCGGAACGGGACCCGUCCCCACGAGAGCUGGCCGCCGCCCGGGAGGGCCCGCCCCCACCGAGGCCCCGUCGUCCGUCGCUUUGUCUCCUACUUCCCCGAUUCUGGAAACGUCUCGAGGCGGGCGGUGUCCGGCCACCUGACUGUGGCUGCGGCUCCCCUCCGUAGCUUCUCCGUCCUGGAGCCGGGGGGCCCCGGGGGCUGCGCCGCCAAGAGACUGGUGACGGUAGAGGAGACCGCCAGGGCGGCCGGCUGCCUAGUGGCUCAGAACGGUGGCUUUUUCCGCAUGGACACAGGGGAAUGCCUAGGGAAUAUAGUGAGCAACGGGGAUCAAGUGGGCAGUUCUGGGGGCCUGCAGAAUGCCCAGUUCGGGAUCCGCCAGGAUGGGACCCUGGUCACAGGGUAUCUGUCUGAGGAGGAAGUCCUGGACACAAAGAAUCCGUUUGUACAGCUGGUGAGCGGGGUGGUGUGGCUGCUGAGAAAUGGAGAAGUCUACAUUAAAGAAAGUGAAGAGGCUGAAUGUGACAAGACACAGGAAACAGGCUCAUUCAGCAAGUUUGUGAAUGUGAUAUCAGCUCGAACAGCUGUGGGACAUGACAGAGAGGGCCGACUGGUGCUGUUCCAUGCAGAUGGACAGACAGAGCAGCGGGGCAUUAACCUAUGGGACAUGGCCGACUUCCUAAAGAAGCAGGGAGUGGUGAAUGCAAUUAACCUGGAUGGUGGAGGUUCAGCCACAUUUGUUGUCAAUGGAACCGUCUCGAAUUACCCAUCAGAUCAUUGCAAGGAUAAUAGCAUGUGGCGCUGUCCCCGCCGUAUCUCUACAGUCGUGUGUGUGCAUGAGCCACGCUGCAAUCCACCAGACUGCAAUGGUCAUGGGACCUGUGUGCAGGGAACCUGCCACUGUACUGGGCACUUCUGGGGGGGAGAUGACUGCAGCAUACUGGACUGUGGCCCCUCCAACUGUAGCCUCCAUGGGCUCUGCACUGAGAAUGGAUGCCAAUGUCAUGCUGGAUGGAUAGGCAGUAACUGCAGUCAAGUAUGUCCCUUAGGUCGGUAUGGCCCAAAUUGCCAGUAUGCUUGUACAUGUGAGAACUCAUGUCUCUGUGAUCCCAAGAGUGGCAAUUGCAACUUCACCUCCACUGUGCAGGACAUCCUCUCCCAAGUUGGCCAAUGUCUUGGAACUUCCAUGGUACCUAAGAAUGAAGAACACCCCUACUUCACAAAAACAGCCUGGCUGUCUCUUACGUUGGCUCUGGCUCUCUUGCUGCUCCUUAGUGCUGCUGCAAAUGUGACUUUUAUCCUUGGCUCCAGAGCAUCCAGGAGGCGCCUGGAUGGAGAAUAUGCUUACCAUCCAUUGCAGGAAAUGAAUGGGGAGCUGAAUUCCUUAGAGAAGGAGCAACAAGGAGAUCCUACCUUCUCCAUUAAGGAUUCAGAACAAUGAGAGGUGGUCAUUAUCUAUCCUGGAAAAGUCAGUUCUACUUGUGGGUUUUUCCAGGGAGAGGUAUGUGGAGGAAACCUUGCUUAGGCAGAAAAUGACAACCAGCCAAGGACUACAUUCUAGGUUUUAA